AUGGCAGCCAGCACCCUCCCCGAGACUUACAAAGCCGCGGUCGUCGAGACCGCCGGCGGACCCCUCGUCCUCAAGGACCUGCCCAUGAAGCACCCCGGCCCGGGGCAGCUGCUCGUCAAGGUGCUAGCCUGCGGCGUCUGCGGCACGGACAAGCUGGAGCAGCAGGGCGCCCUGCCGCACCGGGACCCCAUCGUCAUGGGCCACGAGUUCGUGGGCGACGUGGUGUCCCUCGGCCCGGGCGUCGUUACCGGCCGCUUCGCGCCGGGUGACCGGGUCGGCGGCGCCUGGCACGGCGGACACGACGGCGUCUGCCGGGCGUGCCAGCGCGGCGCCUUCCAGAUGUGCGACGGCGCGGUGGUCAACGGCGUGAGCGUCGACGGCGGGUACGCCGGAUACGCGCUGCUGCGGGCCGAGGCGGCGGUGCCGCUGCCCCGGGACGCGGACCCGGCCGCCACGGCGCCCUUGCUAUGCGCCGGCGUCACCGUCUUCAACGGCAUCCGCAAGAUGCGCGUCGAGCAGGGCAACCUCGUGGCCGUGCAGGGGCUCGGCGGACUCGGCCACCUGGCGGUGCAGUACGCGCGGGCCAUGGGGUACCGCGUCGUGGCCAUCUCGUCUGGCGCGGCCAAGGAGCGGUUCGCCGCCGGCCUCGGCGCGCACGGGUACAUUGACAGCAGCGCGCGGGAUCCCGCCGAGGUGCUGAGCGGCAUGGGCGGCGCGGCGCUCAUCGUGGCCACUGCGCCGAGCCCAACAGCCAUUGGCAAUCUAGUCGGCGGCCUGCAGGCACAGGGAAAGCUGCUCGUUUUGCCAAUCGUGGGGCCUAUCGCGGUCGACUCGGCGGCGCUGGUGCUCAAGGGCGGGGCCGUGGUUGGGUGGCCCUGCGGGCACGCCCUCGACUGCGCGGAGGCGGUGGAGUUUGCAGAGACGCAUGGUGUCAAGUGUCUGAUUGAGAAGUUCCCCCUACAUGAGGCGCAGAGGGCUUUUGAUCAGAUGGCAUCUGGGGAGGUCAGAUUUAGGGCGGUUUUGACCAUGGAAUGA